GUGAGAUCAUAUUGAUAUGAGAUGUAACUUCUUUACUGACACAGCUUCCUCUUAGUCUUCGUCAUACUGUAUGGUUUCAAGCUUUAAAGUGGAAAUAUUUGUCAGGUGCAGAGUGACAAUGUUGGAUGUGAAGAUGGGACACACUUUGUUCUGUGUGCUGGGAUUAUUCUUGUGGAAUACGCUCCUCCACUCUGUGCAUGCUGAAGAAGACAAAACCAAACCUGUCCUCACUGUGUCUCCAUCCUGGCUGAGUCCUGGAGCCUCAGUAACUCUGAGCUGCAGAGUUAAAGAUCCAUCUGCAGGAUGGAGGUUCUUCUGGUAUAAGGCUGUUCCCAAACAAUCAGGCAACUCCUACGACCAAGAGCUGCUACCUGGCAGCAGCGACGGGACUGAACAGGAUUCCUACGUCGUUCAUGGACAGACACACACAGCAGGAUAUAAGUGCAGAGCUGGAAGAGGAGAUCCAGUGUAUUACACUUAUUACAGUGAACCAAAGUUUGUCUGGUCUGGAGAUUUUCAUCCAGCAACAGUCAGAGUGAGUCCUGACAGAGAGCAGCACUUUUCCUCUGAGCCUGUCUCACUGAGCUGUGAGGGAAACUCUUCUAAAUGGAGAGUGAGGAGGUUCACUAAAGCCGGCCAUCUGUCAAACUGUUCUAAGUGGGGAACAAUGACUGGAUCCACAUGCAGCAUCAAUGAACUUCCAAACAAUACUGCAGUGUACUGGUGUGAGUCUGAAUCAGCUCAAUUCAGUAACGCGGUCAACAUCACCGUACAAACAGCGCCUGAAGACUCUUCAUUUCUUCUGCCCUUGAUUGUUGGGCCAGUUUGUGGAAUUUUACUGAUUAUUCUCCUGCUGCUGUUGUGUUGCUACAGAAAGUCAAAGGAUUCAUACUUCACUAGGACCCCACAGACUCAGAGAACCAAUAAGGGCUCUGCUCCAGAUCAAGUGGUUUACCAGAAUGAAACGACAGUGCACUCCUCUCAUCUCCAUGGUGAUGCUUGUCUCUCUGAAUCAAUCAGAGGCUCAGAAAACACUGAAAAUGAUGCAGAUGAAUCCAGCUAUGUCACAUACUCGUUGAUUCAGCUUAAACACAGUAGUAAUAAAGGGCAGCAUAAUGAACCAGAGGAGAGCUCCCUUUACUCGAAUGUGAAGACAAGAUCAGCUGCAGGAAGAUCAUCUCCUGCAGCAACAGAUGAAACUGUUUAUUCAGAAGUCAAAAUAGGAACGGCUCUUGGUAAUAAUGCUCCCAUGUAAUGUGCAUGUUGUGAUUUGUGUCUUUAAAGCGACUACAUCUUAAAUAACCUUUUAUCUCUGCUUUCGCUGGUUUUCUUCCAGUUCCAUAAAGAGAAGAGUAUUACUUUUUCAUGUGUAAUGACCUUUUAUUCCUUUAAAAAUGGACUGAUACUGUAUGUACUUUAUUUGUACCUGGAUGUUAUUAAGCCGUUUUGAAAUCUUUGUCUUAUUUUAUCAUUUUAUGCAGCAAUAAACCUUUUUUCAGCAACCAA